AUGGCACCGGCGCAGACCCCCGGUUUCGAGGAUAUUCUGGACACCGGUGUGAACAAUGGCUGGUACGAUCCAGGUGUUCUUCUGCAAGCUCUUGUCUUCCGCUGGGUGUUCAUUCCGUGGCUCCAGGCCGAGUUGGACGCAUAUCGCAAUCACAUCAACAUGACAGCAAAACGACACGAUUGUAACAAGAUUCUCCCUCAUGGUGUCCCCCAACAUAUGAUGGAGUUUCCGGAGGAGUAUGCAAUCCUUGACUUCAAGAUCAAAGUCAAACCGGAGCAUAUUAGCACUGUCCGAAACCAAUAUGCGUCUCCGGACCACGACAUCUUCAAUCUAGUUCCCCCUGAUUUCGAAGCAUACAUUGGUGAGUUCUACACUGACCUUGGCUCACCCUCUGUCAAUCGGAACACAUGUUGGGAUGUGUAUUGGCAACUGCUUCAUCACUUUGAGCGAUUCGAUGAAACUCACCAUGUUCCUACAACCGUCGAUGACCUCUGGGGCUUUGCCUUGACUCAGGCAGAAAACGAGUAUCGGGACGAGAUUCCACCAAUUCCUAAUCUACGGCCGCUUCGUGGAGGGGAUGACAUUGUGGGUCGAGACGGAGCGUACUACAUGGGUGGUGUGAAUGGUGGAGAUGGGCUUGAUUUGGAACAGAAUGCAGCGCUUUGCCGCCUCAUUGAUCAUGUCGAGCCGGUUGUUCCAGGCGCAUCCGACGGUCCUAGCUCAGAAGAGGAUGUAUUUGCGUGGUUUUCCGACAAGGAGGAAGCAAACGAGCUCAAUGUUCCUGAUGAGUGGUAG